CUUAAACUAAAGCAUUCUUUGUUAAGUAAUUAAAACAAUGAUCCAGCUUAAAAAAUCAAGCUUAAAGAUUUUUGAUAUGUUUAAGAACAAAGGCAAAGAAUGUCUUACCUUUUAUAAUUAAUUUUAGAUAAUGCAUCACUUAAGUUAUGUCAAUUUGAUUUAAUAGUUUUACUAAAGAAUCAAAAUUAUAGAAAGGAAGGUAUCGAUUAUCAUUUAUCAUAAUAUAUUAAGGGUUAAAACAAAAAGGUGUCAUUUCCGUAAUUUUUUAAUUGAGUAAACGAAAUACUUAAGAAAAGGAUUCUUUGAAU